ACCGGCGCCGGGGCGUGGUCUCGUUCGCGUUGCCGCACGCCGCGAGAAAUCUGCGGCGGCCGUUGGCCGUUGGCGCGGCUUGGCCGGUUGUCUUGGAGAAGCAAGAUGGCGGCGACGGCGGCUGCGGUGGUGGCGGAGGAGGACACCGAGCUGCGGGACCUGCUGGUGCAGACGCUGGAGAACAGCGGGGUCCUGAAUCGCAUCAAGGCUGAACUCCGAGCAGCUGUGUUUUUGGCACUAGAGGAACAAGAAAAAGUAGAGAACAAAACGCCUUUAGUCAAUGAAAGCCUGGAAAAAUUUUUAAAUACGAAAGAUGGCCGGCUGGUGGCUAGUCUGGUUGCAGAAUUUCUUCAGUUUUUUAAUCUUGACUUCACCUUGGCCGUGUUUCAACCUGAAACUAGCACAUUUCAAGGUCUUGAAGGUCGAGAGACUUUAGCCCGAGAUUUAGGUAUUAUUGAAGCAGAAGGGACUGUGGGUGGACCCUUAUUAUUAGAAGUGAUCAGACGUUGUCAACAGAAAGAGAAAGGGCCAACCAAUGGGGAAGGUGCACUAGAUCUGUCUGAUGUACAUUCUCCACCGAAGUCACCCGAAGGAAAACCAAGUACACACACAACACCCAGCAAGAUACCAAGGUAUACAGGACAAGGUAAGAAGAAGACAAGCGGGCAGAAGUCUGGUGCCAAGAAGGCCAGCAGUGAUGCCAGUCAGAGUGAUACAAGCAUUUCCUCCUCAGAACCCAAAAGCAAAAGUAGUCUUCACUUAUUGGCCCAUGAAACAAAAAUUGGAUCUUUCUUAAGCAACAAAGGCCUAGAUGACAAAGACGGAGCUGGUCUUUGUCCAGAUGAAGAUGAUAUGGAAGGAGACUCUUUCUUCGAUGACCCCAUUCCUAAACCAGAGAAAACGUAUGGGUGGAGAAGUGAACCUAGUAGGCGGGUCGGAAGCCUGGCAUCGCUCUCUGACGCAGCCCCCCUAAAAAGUGGACUCAGCUCUCUUACGGGAGCCCCCUCAUUGAAAGACUCUGAAAGUAAAAGAGGAAACACAGUUCUGAAAGAUCUGAAAUUAGUCAAUGACAAAAUGGGAUCCCUGGGAUUAGGGACCGGAGAAGGUGACGAGUACGUGGAUGACUUUAAUAGUACCAGCCAUCGCUCAGAAAAGAGUGAGCUAAGUAUUGGUGAAGAGAUCGAGGAAGACCUCUCCGUGGAACUAGACGACGCCAAUUCCAGUGACAAACUUGACGACCUGACGCAGGACCUGACUGCGUCCCAGCUCAGUGAUGUCGCGGAUUACCUGGAAGAUGUGGCACACACAUGAGGACGGAAGGACGGACGGAAGGACGGAAGGAAGGGAGGAUUCUCAUCCACGGAGGACAAAGGACUCCAACCAGUUCCUUUUUUUUUUUUAACAGACAAUCACUCUGCUGGAAUGUCUGCUCCCUAUUGGUGCCUUGUUUAAAAAAAAAAAAA